UGCAGCCGGGCCGGGUUAGGUUAGGGGCCAUGGCGAGCUCGGAGCGCAGCGCGCUGCUCACCUACCGCCUGUGCGGCGGUUCCGGCGAAGACGAGCGGGGUCGGGAACGUGGCCGGGCCGCCGCCGCCGCCACCCCCCGCAAGCUGCCCACGUUCCUGGGCGUCGUGGUGCCCACGCUGCUUUCUAUGUUCAGCGUCGUCCUCUUCCUGCGCCUCGGGUUCGUGGUGGGCCAUGCUGGCUUGUACCAAGCUCUGGCCAUGUUUGCGGUGGCCUACUUCAUCAUUGGCAUGACAGUGCUGUCGGUGUGUGCCAUUGCCACCAAUGGUGCACUGGAUGCUGGAGGAGCCUAUUACAUGAUCAGUCGUGCCCUGGGCCCGGAGUUUGGGGGCAGCAUUGGGAUCAUGUUUUUCCUGGCCAACGUGUGUGGCAGUGCCCUCUACGUGCUGGGGCUGGUGGAGGCGGUGGUGGACAGCUUCGGGAUCCCGCCAGGGCAGAAAGUGGGUUCAGGCAUCCACGUCCUCCCCCAGAGCUAUUGGUAUGAGUUGCUCUACGGCACCAUCCUGCUGGCCCUGUGUCUCAUCGUGUGCCUGGUGGGUGCCUCCAUCUAUGCCAAAGCCACCUUCCUCAUCUUCCUCAUCGUGGCGGGUGUGCUGGGCACCAUCCUUGUCAGCUUCUUCGCCACGCGGCCCCUCGGUGUGCCCAUCCGCAUGCCGCACCUCAACAGCUCGGAGACUGAGAACGGCAGCUUCACUGGCUUCUCGCUUGCCACUCUGCGAGAAAACCUGGGCGGUGGGUAUGGAGUGGACUACACCACGGGGCAGAUGAUGAGUUUCAGCACUGUUUUCGCAGUGAUGUUCAAUGGCUGCACCGGCAUCAUGGCAGGCUCCAACAUGUCAGGGGACCUGAAGCGCCCGAGCUACUCCAUCCCGCGGGGCACCAUCUCUGCUGUGCUCUUCACCUACCUCGUCUACAACCUGCUGGCUUUCCUCAUGUGUGCCACCUGCAACAGGACCCUCCUGCAGAAAGAUUACGGCUUCCUGCGUGACAUCAGUAUCUUCCCACCUCUGGUGACGGUGGGCAUCUAUGCUGCCACGCUCUCUGCAGCCAUGAGCAACCUCAUCGGGGCGUCCCGCAUCCUCUAUGCUCUGGCACGGGAUGAUCUCUUUGGCCGGGCGCUGGCGCUUGCCAAGAAGACAUCUGCAAGCGGGAACCCCAUCAUGGCCGUCAUCCUCUCCUGGCUGGUGGUGCAGCUGGUGCUCUUCUCUGGGAAGCUCAACACCAUUGCAGGGGUUGUCACUACCUUCUUUCUUUUGGUUUAUGCCACUGUCAACCUGGCCUGCCUGGCACUGGAGUGGGCAUCGGCCCCCAACUUCAGGCCCACCUUUCGCUACUUUACCUGGCACACGUGCCUGCUGGGCAUUGCCGGCUGCUGCGUCAUGAUGUUCCUCAUCAGCCCCGUGUCAGCAUCUGCAAGCCUGGGCUUCCUCCUCAUCCUCCUCCUUGCCCUCCACUACCUCUCACCCAGCAGCACCUGGGGCUAUAUCAGCCAGGCUCUCAUAUUCCACCAGGUGCGGAAGUACCUGCUGAUGCUGGAUGUGCGGAAGGACCAUGUCAAGUUCUGGCGCCCGCAGAUGCUGCUGAUGGUGCAGAACCCACGGGGCAGCGCCCGCCUCAUUGACUUUGUCAACGACCUCAAAAAGAGUGGCCUUUAUGUCCUGGGCCACGUGGAGCUACAAGACUUGGACACACUGCCCUCAGACCCACUGCAGCCCCAGCAGGACUCGUGGCUGAGCUUGGUGGACAAGCUCAAUGUCAAAGCCUUCAUCAGCCUCACCCUCGCGCCCUCGGUGCGGCACGGCGUCCGGCAGCUCCUCUUCACCUCUGGCCUUGGCGGCAUGCGCCCCAACACGCUGGUGCUGGGCUUCUAUGAUGACGCGGCACCGCAGGACAGCCUGGCCCAGCACCCUGCCUUCACCAGCACCCGUGAGGAGCUGCCCUUGGGCUUCCCCCCGCUGCGGGCCGCUGCCGCCCCCAAGCUGCUGUCUCCACGCGAGUAUGUCGGCAUCGUGGCUGACGCCCUGAAGAUGCUCCGCAACGUCCUGCUGGUCCGACACCUGGAGAGCCUGGACAAGGUGUGGGAGCUGCGCCGGGCCGCCAGCCCUCCGCCUUCCAUCCACGUUUGGCCCGUCAACCUGCUGCGGCCCGACAGCGCCCGCUACGCCGACACGUGCAGCCUCUUCCUGCUGCAGAUGGCCUGCGUGCUCAACAUGGCGCGGGCCUGGCGCCGGGCCCGCCUGCGCCUCUUCCUGUGCGUGGAGGCGGGCGCCAUGCCCCACGCGCAGGAGGACAAGCUGCGCCAGCUCCUCAAGGACCUGCGCAUCCAGGCCCAGAUCCAGCUGGUGCCAUGGGAUGGGGUGGUCCGCCUGCACUGGCAGGCUCCACGGGGACCCCCAGGUGGCCCGGCGCCCGCUGAGCAGGAAGAGGCGGCGGUGAACUUCCCCCCCAACACCACCCAAGUGUCGGAUGAAUACGUCUGUGCCGCCAACAAGAUGGUGCUGGAGCAGGGCCCGGCGCCUGCUGUCCGCUUCCUCUAUCUGCCACGGCCCCCGGCUGACACUGGGCUGUACCCGCUGUACCUGCGGCAGCUGGAGCUGCUCACCCGCGACCUUGGCCCUACUGUGCUGGUGCACGGGGUGAGCGCUGUCACCAGCACCCAGCUGUAGGAUUGUCCCCGUGUCCCCAACCCUCCUGCAGUCAGUGCCUUACAGCUCCGGGCUGGGUACGGCUUAGGGGGAGCUGGCCCCUGCCGUGAUUUCCAUUUGCAGGCCUUGUUCUAGGGGCUGUGCUGGAAGGAGAGUAGGGGGUUUUGGUUUUGGGGGGGAGGCACAGCAUUUAAAGCUGCCCUGGCAGGAUCCGGGCACUUAAUGCAUUCACUGUGCCUUUUCUCUGGGGUCCUCAGGACAGUCCCGUUUUGCUACCGGGAGCCCUUUGCCUGCAGCCCUCUCCCCCGUGCUCUCCUCCACAGGCUCCUCUGGGCACCCAGCCAGCAGUGGGGAUUGAUUAAAGGCAGCCUCGACCUUGGUGCCCCCAC